UUCGCUAUUUUUAUUAUCUCCCUCCAAAGUGGCCCAACUUGGUUGGAUGAAACAUAAGCCCUCGCACCAGAAGAACCCGAAACUACUCGCCGAUGAAUCAUCGGGAGACCCACGACCCACGACCUCACCAGAUGACAAGCUCCGCCGUCCGACCUUACGCCUUGUCUUUCUCUCUCCCGGACUCUUCCUCCGGUCGCACUCCUUCUUUCUUUCCACAGUGCUUGCUUGUAUAUUCCAAGUUCGUUUUGCUACGACCAUAUAUCUUUGCGUUCGAAAUACCUACUAAACCUCUUCCGUGCCAAUCACCCCAUUCUUCGGAACCUCUGACGGCAUACCCGCUCUCUGCAGCACACCGCAUCUCAUCCCAUACCCCACCGCGGCACUGUCGGGCCUGUUCUCAAGAGCACUUGCCACGUCGGUGGCCUCUUGCAAUGUUCAACUCGCCGUUUAAGCCCUCAUAGUCUGCCCAGCCUUGCCACGAUGCCCCUCUUUCAUGAUCCGGAUCGACGGGCCCAGCACCGCUGGUCGGGUGAUCAUUACGAGCCGGAGCAGCCAGCCCCAGGGUCCCCUCGGGAUCAGGCUGGUGAUGACGAUGACCGUGGACGUUAUACAGUGGGAUCAACUGGGAGGGCUAUAUAUUCUACGUCCAUGGAACCGUCUCCGUCCAAAUUUCGGGCCAACGAUCGGCAGGAGCUCAUACAGCGAAUCAAAGAGUCAUCGCCGUGGAGAUUGCAAUAUCAGUCGCAAAACACCAAUCCCGGCGAAUCCUAUUCGCCUCAUAGUUCUAUACCGCCCCUUAACUUGCAGGCCGACAAGCGGAUGGUUGAGCAGGUCUCAGAGAACCAACACCAUGGGGAAGACACUGAAGAGCUAGGCUCGCCUGCCGAUAUACAGCGGCCUAGAUCUGCAUUACACUCUGGUGACUUUAGGGAAGGCUCCCCGCAUCAUGGGGACCGAUCACCGCAACCUCGCUUUGCGGAACCCAACCCGUCCUCGCCAUUUCCCCGUCUCGGCAGUUCUCCUACAACUCCAUGGUUUGGAGCGUCCGUUUUUCGAAGCAACCAACGACAGUUCAACCCCUUUUCCGAUCGCCGUGAACCAGAACGUGCUCUACAAUCAAGAUCCCGAGCACCGUCGCUUGGGUCGUUCUCAUCGAGCUACGUUCUUAAAGCCCCGACAAGCCCUCUAGUCUACCAAGCCAACAACACCGAUCUAGACUUUUCGCCUCGGGUUGAUCCAGCCGAGCCACUAGAAUCAUUAGAAAGGGCUAACCGACGACGAACUCUCCCUCCGGAGACCUUUCGGCAUCUGCACUCCAGUCCCCCUAGCCUACGGACAAUUCAUACCGGCAGUUCGUAUCCCAGAGGCAGACAAGACGGGCUUUUCCAACCCCAUCACUCCCCUCGUCGGUCCCUUGCCUCGUCAUAUAGCCUCCAGCUUGCUUCAACGGCGAAUACGCCUGCUUUCCGGGCACGGAGGCCUUCUCUUGCCUCGGAGAUCUCCCCCAAGCCGCAUGCGCCGAUGGUAGGAUCGUACGAGGAGUCCAUAUUGCGCGGGCGGAUGUCCAUGAACCCGUCCAAGCCGCUAGACUUCACUGCUCAGAUUGGAGUUCUAGGAAAAGGCAACUGCAAAGGACAUCUGAGAUGUCCUCCCCAUGUGACAGUCCCGUUCCCGGCCGUCUUCUACAGCUACCCGACUUCGGGGAAUGGCCGGUCGAUUGCCGACGAUAGUCCCAGCCCUUACGUUGGGCAGAUCGACCUGGAGAAUUCGCUACCCAAGGAUGGUUCCAGUACGACCCGGCGUCGUAAGCAUCAUUUUAGCCCAUCCAAGGCUCCGGAGGAAAUUGGCCCGAUCGAGACGGGUGUUCAGCGAGCCCCAGACGCUGACUCGCGGCGCCGUCGGGAAAAGAAGAACCGCAGAGCGGAAUCUCCUAAAUGCCCCCCGGGUGGGAGCUACCGCAUUCCCCAGCAGGGACAAUUACAAAUCAUCAUCAAGAACCCGCACAAGACCGCGGUGAAGCUGUUCCUCGUCCCUUACGAUCUCAGCGAUAUGGAACCCGGCACGAAGACGUUCAUCCGGCAAAGAAGUUACUCGGCAGGUCCAAUAAUCGAUAUGCCCCUGAGCGUGCGAAAGAACUAUGGGACUGAUCGUCCAGAAGCCUCGUUAAACCCAACGGAGGACCCCCAAGAUAAGCCAAUCUUGCGGUAUCUCGUUCAUCUGAACAUCUGUUGUCCGUCUCGGGGUCGCUUCUAUCUGCACUCCAGCAUUCGGGUCGUGUUCGCAAACCGAGUCCCGGAUGGCAAGGAGAAACUUCGGAACGAGAUUCAAUUGCCAGAACCUCGAUACAGCCCGUAUAAACCCGUUCGUGAGAAUGCUCUUUCUACUUCUGCCGGAGCUCGACUAGCGAUCGAGAAAGCAGCUCGCCGGCGAAGUGCGGACCAAGGGGGAUUCUCAGGUUUACCGCCUUAUAUCUCCUCGCCAAGUGAGGGCCCUCUGCAUUGGGAUCCAUCAGAGCCAAUGGAUCUUGUGGAGCCUUCGCAGCCCUCUCAUCAGUCUGGCACUGUAUAUAACAAGCUCAACAAGGGCGACGUUGGCUAUGGAGGCUAUCCUUACGCUUCUAGCCAGAGCGGCUCCGAAAACGGCGAGAGCUUGCUUGCCAAGCGGCUUCGUGGCCUGGAUGUUCACAAACACAAGGCAUUUGACAAUAAAUGAGCCGGCUAUCGGAAUGGUUUCUCAACCCCGAGGGCCUCAGCAUAGGUCUCAGUCUGCCACCUUCCAUCUCUGAACAUGCUGUAGCACGAAAGUCAAAUGUGUGACCAGGCUCCAAACUGUUGAGUUACUGUCGCUACGACCGGCCCCGUGAGAUAGUUCAUCUGCAGGCACAGAUGCCGGUGCAUCUCAUCUCAUCUCACGUGGGCCCAGGUUCUAUAUCCUCGUUACUCUGUCUUCUUCUUUCCAGCCUCAUCGUAUCAGUGUAGGCCAGGCGCUUGGGUUCCAAACAUAUACCCCCUAUUCUAUCGUUUUUUCCUACUUGACUUAACUCUCAUGUUUUGCCUCGCACAGACUUGAAGGCACGAGGCAACUGUCAUGUGAUCCCGUGAUAUUGUCUGGCGUUUACUGAGGAGAAACUGGAAGUACUCUUCGUCUUGGUCCGGUUCUUUUCUCCAUUGAUUCUCCUUUGCUCAAGGGCGUCCGAGUUACUUUUCUAUUGCAGAUAAUCGAUGCAAACAAUAUUACAAAUCUCGAGAUUGAUACUAUCACUCGGUAGUUUGGUGAGUAGGUAGGAUGGUGAUGGAACUGUAUUCUCGGGUGGAAUAUAUCUACAAAGGGCGCUAGGUACAGCAAACGAAGAUUAAAAAAAGAUAACUCAAAUCCGAAUUCUAUCACAAGGGGAGCCGGCAGUCGUGACCAAUACGAAGCCGAGUCUGUUUAUAGAUCCGGCCGUAUGCACGCACGCGGGCAUCCUCUUGUAAUGGCUUUAGCCAGCGUGCUCAACGAUCUCGUUGACCAGGACACCGUCCUUGACGUAGCUCUUGAUCUGCUCAGGAACGGGGCACUCCUUGGUAUCAUCAUUGGUACCCUCCUUGGGAGGCAGCAUAAUGUUGAUGGCGCUGCACUUGCUAGUGAAGACCUCAGUGGCAAGGCUCUGCUGGCCAAGGUAGACAGUGGCACCAUCGACCUGAUCAAAGAGAACGGUCGGAACGACACCGUCAAUCUGCAGAGCAAACUUGGGCGACUUGAUGACAUCGAGGCUGCUGACCAAAGAGUCGACAAUGAUAGAGAAGCCAUUGCAGUUGUCAAUGGCGAUGGCAUUGGCCUUGCCCGAGACCUUGACGAUACACUUGUUACAGCGGGUGAUGAGAAUGGACUGGUUUUGCUGCGCGGGGACCUCGAUGAUCUCAUCGGAGCCCUCGAAGUUCUCAAUCAGCCACUUGUUUCCUUCCAGAUCCUUGCGUGGAGGCUUGCGGGAGCGCAUGCUCUCGGGCUUAGGCUUCUUGCUCGGCGCAGGCGACUUGCCCCGGGGAGAACCAGAGCCCUCUGAGACUACUGAGCCCGCACGCAGGCUGGGGUUCUUGUGUGUCAUUUGCGACUUGUCGACCUUGCGAAGACCAGAUGUGAUCUGCUCGCCUUGGUUGAGCUGAUCAAACACAGCGGACAUAUCGGCCGCGGGAGCAGACGGCGCAGGAGCCGGAGGAAUACCGGGAGGAGGGGGAGGGGGCGGGACACCGCCAGGGGUAUUGAGAGCAGGGACAGGAGGGGGAGGAGGAGGGGGAGGGGGAGGAGCAGCACCGCCAGCUGGGGCAGAGCCGCCCUUGAUCUCUUUCAAAGCAUCCAAUACAUUGAGACCCGAUUCGUUGUUCCAAGUCAGGCCCUUGGGAUAGUGCUUCUUCAGAUAGGCAGAGAGGGCCUUGAAGUUCUGGUAGUAUGCUUGGAUGUACUCAACGUGUGUUCGGUCCCUGGUAACAUGUCAGUCACCGGCGCAUACUGUAUACUUUAUCAAUGGUCUUACUUCUCCUUGUACUCCUUCAGCACCUUGUUGCCAUAGUAUUCAAUGCCCCCGAUCAUCUCAGACACGAACUCCGCGGGCUUGCUCUCGAAGAACCAGCCCAACGCAACGAUACCUUCCGCAACGGCACUCAGGUGGUUGAAUAACGGUGACGCACGGUUCGACUCCUUAAUGUUGUUGAUGUUGUCCGAUGCCUUGUGCAAUUCAGUCAUGAGCUCUGGAGGAGGUACGUCGGGCUUCUUGGCUUUCGUCGAGACAUAGAGGAAUGUACGCUCGGCCUGGAAGGCUUGCAGGACUGCUUUUGACUAUUGCACGGUGUGCGUUAGAAAUGGCCAAUAUCCAAGUCUUAGGGCUGCUCUGGGGUGCUCACCUGCUCCGCAACAAGCCCGCCAACCUUCUCACCCAGAUUCACAAAGUUUUGGACAUCCCCCUUGAUCAAUGCAUCGAAGUCUUGGAUCUGCGGGGGAACCUGCGGCGCAGCAGGAGGCGCCGGGGGCGGAGGGGCAAGCUUAGGAGGUUCCGGGGUGGCAGGUGCAGCUGGGGACGGAGUGCCGAGACCUUUCGCUACGCUAGGGUCGUCUAGAGACAUCGCCAUAUCCUCCAAGCGUGAGGUCGCUGCCUCGAGCCUAUAAAUCCAUAUCAUGGUUAGCAUGCUCUGCGCUAGGGUACUCGUCGCACGACUUAGACGAGAUUGAAACACAAAGACAAACGAUUCAAUUCCAUGCAGCUACCAAUAGAUAUCAUACGUACCGCUUGAUGAGGGUGGUGAAAUUAUGCAUAUGGCCGCCGCUCGCCAUGUUAGGCAACACGUUGCUCGAAGAAGUCGGAAAGGGGCGAGAUGAACUUGACGAAAGGGCAAUUUUCACUUGGCUGUAAGGAACGGGAUCGUAAAUAAAGUCGAUCCGGCUGUUCUCAGUCCUUCAGAAUCCACAGGGCGCCAAGCGGUGGGAGUGUCAAAGGGUUAAAGGUGAUCCGGAGUCUGGAUGGAGCUCCUGAAGUCGCAGCUCCGG